CACGAGCGAAGAUGCAUCACUAGUCAUUGUCUAUGAGGAGAAUGAAAUUUAUGUUUGCAAUGUUCAGAAGGCCCCAUCUGGCGUACACUCCUUGUCACCAUCCAAGAUCAACCAUUGCGACAUGGAAUCAUCCAAGUGGAGUUGGAUACACCCAUACCGCGCCAGAGCAGUGCAACGUGAGACGUCCUGAACUGGACUGCCUCUAGCCCUGCGGCGGAAGGCGUCAUUCACAUGAAAUUAAGCAAACAUGUCGACCAUCCCCGUCACCGACUUGAGUCUCAAGUCCACUCCUCCAAUCUUUAUCCUACCAACUCACCUUCAGACAGACGAGCUACACCAGACCGAGGAUUUGAUCUAUCGAUUUCAAGGAACACUAACUUAUGACCCGCAUGAGGCGCGUUUGUUUAUUGGCAAGAUCACGCAGAAGAAGCGAGCUGCCUUUGAACUCAGGUCUCGGGGAAUCUGGACCUAUGAGGUGCCGCUGCCACACAUUCCAUCGGGAACCGUGGUCGAUUCAAUUCAGCCGUCAAGGAAGAGACGGAAACUGAGCACCGUUUCUGAUGCAAGAAGAAGUAGCCAACGACUGAAGCUGCCUUCCUCAUCUUCAUCUUUGUCAUCAGAGGUUGAGGACGUGGUUUCACAAGCCGCAAAGGCCUCGUCGCAGGUCUGGCCAGAUCUUACCGAGCACAUCAUCGUCUUGAAACUCUCUUGGCUCUCUGCUUGCCUGAAGCAAGAAUGUAUCGUUCCUAUCACGCCUCACCAUGUUUACUAUGCCAAAAUCAUUGCCAAACCGCAAGGAGAGGCCGCUACUAAGCCCCACUCUAACCUUGACGUCACCUAUAUCAAAGCUACACCAGAGCAUACACAAAGUGAUGGGGCUUCACUUCAUUCGCUGCGUAACCGAACCGUGACGGUCAGCGCUGAUAUUCUGGAACGAGCCAAAGCUGAUGCUCCGGCUGCAGCAUCUCAAACUACUCCUUCGCGUCGCCGGUUCGGCGACCAUAAAUCACAUGUUUCAACGUCUGCCCACCCGCGCCGCCCAAAGCUGACUCACCAGACGACUUCCGAGUCUGAAGAUCAGGCCAAGAACCCACUCCCGCCGCUCCCAGAGUGGGCGGCGAGUCCAAAUGCUUCCUACGCCUGCUGUCGGUCCACGCCGUUGCACACGGUGAACUCUGCAUUCAUCUCUCAAUUGACCAAGAUUCGCGACGCGCGGUUGCUGACGCUCGACGAAAUUGGCGUGCGCGCUUACUCCACCUCGAUAGCCUCGAUUUCUGCCUACCCAUAUCGCAUUACUCGUGUCGAUGAACUCAAACGUUUGCCCGGGUGUGAGAGGAAAAUCGCCUCGUUGUGGGCGGAAUGGCAUCACUCGGCCGAGGUCGACGAAGAGAGGCACCUGCAAGCUGUGCGUGAGAUCGAAGCCAACGAAGAUCUACGCCAUUUGAGCGUGUUCUGGAACAUUUGGGGUGUUGGUCCGGACACGGCGCGAAAGUUCUACUAUGACCAUGGAUGGAAAGAUCUCGAUGAUAUUGUUGAGUACGGUUGGGGCACCCUGAAUCGUGUGCAACAGAUCGGCGUCAAGUAUUACGAUGACUUUAUGAAGAAAAUUCCGCGGAGAGAAGUGGAGGCCAUUCGAGACAUUAUUUUGCGACAUGCCCGAAUGGCGCUCAACAUCAAACCCAAAGACUUCGACACCUUUCGUGACGUGGAAUGUGUCAUUGUCGGCGGCUACCGGCGCGGUAAGACCGAGUGCGGCGACGUCGAUGUGAUUCUGGCCCAUCGCGAUGAAAGCUUAACCCACGACCUCGUUGUCGAGGUAGUUCGCUCGCUCGAGACUGAAGGCUGGGUCACCCAUACCCUGUCUUUACACACCACUACCAGUGAUCGUGGAGGAGCCACUCUGCCAUAUCGCUCCGAGGGUAGGGGCCAUGGCUUUGAUUCCUUAGACAAAGCGCUGUGUGUAUGGCAGGAUCCGAAUUACGAAGGUAGGGAAAGCGGCAACAAGAACCCCAAUAUCCACAGGAGAGUGGACAUUAUUAUCUCAGGCUGGCGGACCGUCGGCUGUGCCGUGUUGGGCUGGUCGGGCGGGACCACCUUUCAGCGGGACAUCAGACGGUUCGUUAGCAAGACCAGGGGUUGGAAGUUCGAUUCUUCCGGUGUCAGGGAUCGGGGCAGCGGGCAUGUUUUGGAUCUGGAAAAGGCAAGACAGGUCACCAGGGACGGGAAGACUGUCAUGGACGAUGCCGACACCUGGCAAGAUCGAGAGCGGAGGUUGAUGGAGGGUUUGGGGAUUGGGUAUCGACCUGCUACUGAGCGAUGCACCGGGUGAUUCAUGACAAACUGGGGCGUUCGCACCUGAAUUGUUUACUCGUCGAGUUGACGAAUUUCACUUCAUAUUGUUGGAAAGCGAAGAAUGAUGGCUUUAUAGGGCAAAUUGAGUCUAAAUUGGUCUACGCAAUCUCAUGCUGGAUAUAAUGAAUAUUGACAGCAAGCGUCAAAACAGGCAUGUGCGACUAGUAAAC